CCCGUUCAGUUUGAUACAGACUGUCGGAUCGGUUACACAACACUCCGGUUGCGAGUAACGCGACAGUAGCGCGGUUGUAACACACUGUGGUCUCCCCUUGUCCGUCUGUCCUACUGAACUGGUGUAUUGGUGCGGUACGUGUACCGUUCGCGCGCGCAUUUGGACCUCCGUCCUGGAACUCUGGUGCGACGUUGUCUGUUUCCGACGGCUUCCUUUCCAAGUAGUCUGAUCCUGAGCAUCCUUGUCAGUUUCCUUCGGGCCCGUCUACUUCAGUUCUGUGUUUUCAGUAGAACAUAAAAAAGGAGACAAAAUAGUGAUAUUGUGCCACAGCCCUUCUUGAGUGGAGGACUCAAUUCCUAAUUCUAGGUCCAGCCGAGAAGUGAACCGUUUGGGUUUGUGUGUUUUUUUUUUUCACAGCUUUAGUGAAUUAUUAAUCCGAGAAAAAUCGAAGCCAUCCUCAAGCGGGUGAAUAAAGUGCACAAAAAUAGACCAGCGAGUUUGUGCGUUCGUGUGUGAGUGGUUUUAUUUUCGUGUGCAAGUAGCAGACAUAACAACAAGUCUCCGUGGUUCAGCGGCGGUUUGUGCCAACAACAAUAGAGAAAGGGUGAGAGCAGAGGGCGUUAGACAAUCCGUCAAUCAAUUUGAAGGGGCCUGCGUUGGCAGCAGCGGAGGAGGAUCACAUUCUUGGAAAAGUGUUUGUCACUCUCCCUCGCUGUCUCACUUGAGUCCUUUGGUCGGUGUAGUGUUGCAUGUAGCGCAAAUAAUUCAUCCAAGGCGCGCGAGUGUUUAAGUGUGUGUGUGUGUGUGUGCGUGUGUCUUUCUACUGUAACCGGAGCAGACGGCGGUGACAUCCGAAAGGAGUAGUAAAGAUCUUUUGGUUUGAUGGGAAUUUUGCCUGCCACAUAGGCACAAGCUAGGAACCGAAGGGUGGAAAGUGGCGCAGCCGGGUGUGUAAUCAAUUCCAUCCAUCCAUCCAUUCUGAUUGGAGCCGUUCGAAAGUGCGUUAGGCAAUAGCACCGAACAGUGGAGCGCCGGAAGCGAUCCGCGCUGUGACAUAAAAGGUAGAGGUUUUUUUUUGUCUUCAAGUUCUCCGCAAAAGAAGCGAACGAAAAGGUGGUGAAAAGUCUGAAAUAGUGUUAUAUAACUGGAACAAGACACCUAGCGGAACCGGAGCCAACCGAAGAGCAAACAGGGAAAAUUCCGUACAGGUGUGCCACUUCAGUGCUGUGAGUGUGAAAUAAUAUGCACGACGGAGGAUUCUUCACGCUGCCGGAAGUGGACUAAAUUUAGUACGCGACGCAGCUGUGGUGCUCGAGGACUGACAUAUGAGUUGUCAAGUGUCGAACGGGGAGCAGGAGUGCAAGUUGAAGGAAUGAGCCAAAUUCGGUGAGCGCAAUCCGUUCCUAACCUAGAGACGUCGACGCGAAAAACGCGACUUGGCAGCCGGAACGAAACGAGAAAAAUAAACCAAACGCAUCCCAGCGAAAAAUCCAUCGACCGUAGAUAUCGUUUCCCCUCCCGUAGCUAGGACCAAUUUAGUUUCGCGUGUGCGGCAACCUUCGCCUUCCCGGGAGUGAGAGUGUGAGUUCCGGAGACGCCAGACGUCGUAUCGUCCGUAUCGUAACACUAGCGACAGCAGGAGCGGAAAACGCAACAGCACCGACAGUAGCAAUGGGCAAAAAGAACUCCAAGCUAAAGCAGGACACCAUCGAUCGGCUUACCACGGCGACCUACUUCACAGAGAAAGAAAUUCGACAAUGGCACAAAGGAUUCCUGAAAGACUGUCCCAACGGGCUGCUGACAGAGCAGGGUUUCAUCAAAAUCUACAAGCAGUUCUUCCCGCAAGGUGAUCCGAGCAAGUUUGCCUCGCUGGUGUUUCGGGUAUUCGACGAAAACAAUGACGGGUCUAUCGAGUUUGAAGAAUUCAUCCGAGCGCUUUCCGUUACCUCGAGGGGCAAUUUAGACGAAAAACUGCAUUGGGCGUUCCGACUGUACGACGUUGACAAUGAUGGUUUCAUAACGAGGGACGAAAUGUACAACAUCGUUGAUGCCAUCUAUCAGAUGGUGGGUCAACAGCCUCAGACCGAGGAUGAGAACACACCCCAGAAGCGGGUGGAUAAAAUCUUCGAUCAGAUGGACAAGAACCACGACGAUCGGCUCACGUUGGAAGAGUUCCGCGAGGGUAGCAAGGCGGAUCCCCGUAUCGUCCAGGCGCUUAGUUUAGGGGGCGAUUAACCGAACGACGACUCGCGGGAACAGGCGCCACCCCCGCAGCGGUCGUAUCAGUACGACGAGCAGCACAACAUCGAAAUUCGCCGGGCGUCCAGCAGGCACAACAGCAGCAUCUAUUAGGCGAGAAUGAUGACGAUGAACACGACGGAGUAGCUAUGGAAGAACAAGAAGAAUUCGUUAGCUUGCUGUUUUUAAUUUGUACGAGUUUCUCUUCAGUUCAUUUCGGCCUGCCGCACAGCAUGCUACUUGGUGGCUUCGAGCGCACAUACACGCACACACAUACAAAUGCAUCCGCCUGCAUCAGUUUCUUGUAAUCUAUAAUAGGUGUUGUGAGGAACGAACUAAACAAAAACAAAACAAUCACCUUUCGCUUACGUUAACUUGUGUGUUGCUUGUGUUGGAAGGUUAACCAUGAACCCUCUCCGAUGAAAAUUAGUUCCUUUUAUCACUGCAGAAAAAAAGAGAAGUCGUAUUUUUCCAUUUUUACUGUUCCAACUCUAUGUGUAGUUAAGGGUUAAAGUGACUUACAAUUUUUCACCCCUCGGGCGAAGGGGAUAAUCAAUUUCAAAAGAUAAAUGGCAAAACAAUCGAAUAGCAUUUACCUACUAUAAAGUAACCUAUCUAAGACAGAUGCUUCUUCUUAAAAUACAAUAAUUAUUCGAGUACUUAAAUUAAAUACUGUGAACUUUUAUGCAAUCUCAGAUUUAAGGCGAAAACCAGGCGUCCAGCGCAAUCAAAGAUCUUGAAGAACGAAUGUUAAGUUUGCUUGAUUGAAGUUGGUAAGUUAUUAAAUGGUAGUAAAAGACAUCGAAAUGCGGAAUCAAAGAUUCGGUAUAUUUUGAGACAAAAGAAAAACAAAACCGACAGAAAAAAAACUGCUUUGAAAUUUGCACUAUCAGUCAUAUUUUGAAACUGCAACCGUCAAAUUACAUUGAACUGCACCCACACAUACCUGCUAUGUGCUAGCCAAGUUUUUUCAUUUACACCUACAUGCAUAUUUACAUACAUACAUGCAUACAUACACACAUACACCAAAAGGUUGAAAGCAAGAUGCACAGUCUAACUUAGUCUUGCCGUUUCUGUGUGAACUUUAGCAGGCGACCGCAAAAGGUGAAAAAAACUAUUUACAACUUGACCGGUUGAAAGGAAACGUGCGCGAAAUAAAACGACACUCGUGCUUAACAGUUACUGAUAAGGGUGUAAAUUUGAGACAGAAAAAUGCCAAAAAAACAAAUACCAGAAACUAAAAAAAUAGUUUUUAUUGCAUUGAAAAGCAAACAAGAAAAAACGAAAAUAAAACAUACAAAAAAGGCAGCACAGCAUGUAAAAAAGCAUUAUUUGUUAUCAAAUUUUAAAAUACAUCACUGCAAACAGAAGGUGAUUAAAAGAAUACAAUAUUGAUAUUAAACGCUAAUUCUAUUGUUGUUACUGAAAUAAAAUAAUGAAAAAAAAAAACUUACUAAAACUUAUCUGAUAAGCGCGCUGAAAAUGUGAGAGAAUCGAACAAACAAUCUGUUUGCCGAGGAAAACAAAAGAAGCAAAAAAACGACAACGCCAAGCGAGUGAAACGUGUUUACCGAGAAUGAUAACAAGCAAUAAAAAAAGAAUCCCAAGAAAAUAAUUUGAUUGAAAAUUUAACUUUUUGAAUGCGGGCAACAAGUCCCCUCUAUUCCCGCCCCCCCUUUCCCUAACCCUAUCACCGCGCCACCUGUUGGGCAACUCGUCCCUGCUUUGUUCUGGUGGUUCGGUGAAAAAGGAUAAUCAACUAACACACAAAAAGCUAGCUAUAACACCAAGCCGAAUCAACAAAGAUUGAAAAACAAAGAAGAAGAAAACAUACCGACAAAUUAUCAGUGUUUAGUGAAAUAAAUUAACUCUCAGAAAAACAAAGGCA